UGUGUGUUUGACAAAACGUUAUUUUUCACAUUACGUUUGCAAUUUGUCAACGAAUCUAUGGUCAAACUCAAACUUUUAUCAAGUAGAGACGUAAUUAAAUCGAGAACUAGACCAAAAAAUGUAUUUCCAGUUUUACAAAACGGAUAAACGCCGAGAUCGAUAGACAGAGACUUCAGACACCUUGUCCAUAUAUCGCCGCGCAAAACAUUCGCGAGCAGAAUGCAAUCGGAGCUACGGUGAUCAGUUCUCUGUGUAUGGGUAUACAAACACGAGUGUCACGUACGUACACGUCAGCUAUACGAACGCGUUUUGAUACACUCGACAUAUCGUUGUACAUUUAGCAGCUCCAAGACAUCGCAAGCAUAAGCGUUGAUAGAAAUUUUAUUUGCGCCAUACUCUUAAUAAUGAGGAUAUGUAGGAUGCCUUACUAAAAAUUGCAAUACUGCUCCUUAUUUCUGACUUACGUUUGAUCGGUGCUGUGCGCUAUUAAAUUUGUGUGGGGAAUUUCAAAUAAACGCAUGCCAAGAUGGUUCUCAUUGCUGCUGCUGUAUGCACCAAAGGGGGUAAAACAAUCAUUUCUCGGCAGUUUGUCGAAAUGACAAAAGCUAGAAUAGAGGGAUUACUAGCAGCUUUUCCAAAACUCAUGAGUUCAGGCAAGCAGCAUACCUUUGUUGAAACUGAAUCUGUACGAUAUGUUUAUCAAAUUAUGGAAAAACUUUAUAUGUUGCUGAUAACAACUAAAGCCAGCAAUAUAUUGGAAGAUCUGGAAACGUUACGUCUCUUUGCUAGAGUUAUUCCAGAAUAUUGUAAAACAAUAGAUGAGUUGGAAGUCGCUGAUAAUGCAUUUAAUUUGAUCUUUGCUUUUGACGAAAUUGUAGCUCUUGGUUACAGAGAGAGUGUUAAUUUGGCACAAAUUAGAACAUUUGUUGAAAUGGAUUCACAUGAAGAGAGAGUUUAUCAAGCUGUUAGAUUCACGCAAGAAAAAGAAGCUAAAAAUAAAAUGAGAGAAAAAGCAAAAGAACUGCAAAGAAUACGAUUGGAAGCUAACAAAAAAGGAGGAAUGGGUAAAAAUGUAUCAUCAUUUAGUAGUGGUUAUGGCAGUGGCACUAGUUUUUCAUCAUCUUCGAAUGUUGGUGAUUCCGCCAACUAUAUUCCUGAACCUGUAAAGCCAUCAUACACACCAGUGCAAAAAACUUUGUCAUCUGGUUUGAGUGCUAUGAAAUUAGGAGGAAAAUCCCGAGACGUUGAUUCUUUUGUUGAUCAACUAAAAGAAGAAGGUGAAACAGUGAUUGCUGCUUCUGCUCAAAGCAUUAUCAAAAAUACAGUUGCUCCUAUUGAAGUAACCAGAAAUGAACCAGUUCACUUGAGACAAGAAGAAAAGUUAAAUGUUAGAGUCAGUCGUGAUGGUGGAGUACAAAACUUUGAACUUCAUGGUUUAGUUACAUUGAACAUAUCUGAUGAAAGAUGGGGUAGAAUUCGAGUGCAAUUAGAAAACGAAGACACCAGAGGCAUGCAACUUCAAACGCAUCCAAAUGUUGAUAAAGAAUUAUUCAGGACCAAAGGUCAAAUUGGCUUGAAAGUACCAACUAAACCAUUUCCAUUAAAUACAGAUGUUGGUGUUCUAAAAUGGCGUUUGCAAGCACAAGAUGAAACAGCGCUCCCGAUUUCAAUUAAUUGCUGGCCAUCGGAAAAUGGUGAGGGAGGGUGUGAUGUAAACAUAGAGUAUGAACUGGAACAGAAGGAUCUUGAAUUGAAUGAUGUUCAUAUAAACAUUCCAUUACCAAUUGGCAGCAACCCUGUCAUAAGUGAAUUUGAUGGUGCCUAUUCACAUGAAGCGAGAAAAAAUUUGUUGAUUUGGUCUUUAGAAUUAAUUGAUUCUUCUAAUAAAUCUGGAUCUCUUGAAUUUUCGGUUCAGAAUGCCAGGCCGGUAGAUUUUUUCCCCUUGCAUGUUUCUUUUUCAUCUAAAACAUCAUAUGCCAAAAUUAAGGUAAGAGAUGUAAUGCUUGUUGAAGAUGACAGCCCUGUAGCACAUUCUGUGGACACAGUGUUCUUUACUGAAAACUAUGAAGUGGUUUAAGAUAUAAGUCAAUCACCACAUUCAUAUUGUAUUUAUAGUGCUUUUUGUAACUGAGAACAGAGAGCAAAAUUUAUUAGCAUUUAAAGAUACUCAUUUUCAUUGUAAUUUGAGUUGUCUAUUAUAGGCUAAUACUGGAUUUGAUUCAAUUUUAGAUUUUCACUGUAAGAAGUCUUUUAACAUUAAUUAUGUAUAAAAAACUAAUUACUAAUCACAGAAAUAAUAAAAUACAUCUAAGCAAAAUUUUUCUUAAAUAUAGUAAUGAGUUUUUAUAAAUUGUAACAAUAAUAUAUAUGUAUAAAGAUAUAAUUUUCGCCUCAAUUCCACAAUGAAAGCAAAAUAAUAAAUGAAGAAAAAAAUUUAUU